AGCCGAACACACAAGAAGAGCCCGUUGAGACCGUGAACUCUCUCUCUCAAAACAUAACAUAACAUCAUAAAACACUCCACAGUUCUUAUUAAGAUUCCCAGACCAACUCCGAUUCGUACUGUUAUCCCAAUCUCCACCCAACAGCAAAAACAACGACAACGCCACCAACACUCACAAUUAACAAAAACCAAAACCAAAAACACAAAAACCUAUUUUUUCUCAAAACCCUCCCAAAAUCCCUGCAAUUAAUUAUUGAAGUCAUGGAAGAAGAGCUCGACCACGCUAUUCUCACUUGCCGUUGAUUCUCUCUCUUUCCCUCACCCGCAUUCUUCUCCACAGAGUACUUAAUUUAUAGAGGUCUUCACUGUGCUUUAUCAGUUGAGGAAACUGCUAUCAGAAUCAAUGGGCAGUACAUUCAAUCCACAGAUUUUAAUGGAAAAGCUAGCCAAGCUCAACAAUUCACAGGCUAGUAUAGAGACUUUAUCACAUUGGUGUAUAUUCCAUAUGAAUAAAGCAAAACAAGUUGUUGAAACUUGGGCUCGGCAGUUUCAUUGUUCUCCACGUGAGCAGAGAUUGGCCUUUCUAUAUCUUGCAAAUGACAUAUUGCAGAACAGUAGGCGAAAGGGUUCGGAGUUUGUUGGUGAAUUUUGGAAGGUUCUUCCAGAUGCUCUUCGUGAUGUGAUUGAAAAUGGGGAUGAGUUUGGAAGGAAUGCUGCACUUCGUCUGGUUGGGAUAUGGGAAGAAAGAAAAGUUUUUGGUUCUCGUGCACAAGUUCUUAAGGAAGAGCUUGUGGGUAGGCAACUGGAAAAUAGUAAUAGAAAUGGAAAGAAUUUGAACUUCAAACUGAGACCAUCUGCUGGAAAUAAAUUGGAAAAAAUAGUUUCAGAGUAUCAUAUCGUUUAUGGUGGCCAGUCAGAUGAAGAUGUUAUAUUGAGCAAAUGUAGGAAUGCUAUUAGCAGCCUUGAGAAAGCUGAGAAGGAAAUUAGCAGUGAUAUUAAUUCAGUAGGACAAUUCCAUGGAUCUGCAUUUGUGGAGGAGCUGCAGGGGCAGCAUGCUGUACUGAGGGACUGUAUUGAACAACUAACGGCAGUUGAAUCAUCUAGAACUAGUCUCGUGUCUCAUUUAAGAGAAGCUCUCCAGGAGCAGGAAUUCAAGCUGGAUCAAGUCCGUAACCAACUUCAGGCCGCACAGUCCCAGUCAGAGCAGGCAGGUAAUAUGUGCCAGCAGUUUCUAAAUAGAGACAAAGUUCAGUCACUAGCUGAGCAAAGCCCGAAGGAAGCUCAAACCUCCCUAGCACCUCACAGCUUUGUACCGGGGGAUAGGGAACAAUCAGCUCCAGUAAUGUACACUCGGCAGGUUUCCUAUCCUGAAAAAUCUGGCCACAUUGAGGAAGACCCACGCAAGUCUGCUGCCGCUGCAGUGGCAGCAAAGCUAACUGCAUCGACAUCCUCUGUCCAGAUGCUCUCUUAUGUCCUAUCCUCCCUUGCAUCAGAGGGUGUCAUAGGCAAUUCAAUGAAAGAAUCCUCUAACGAUUACCCUCCUGAAAAGAGGCCUAAACUUGAAAAUGACCAAUCCUCUUACAUACCACCGCCUCAAAAUAUUCAACAACCUCCAGUUCCUCCUUUCCCUCAUCCUGAAUCUAUCCAACACACUGUGUCUACCACCAGCCAACAAUUUGCACCAAAUGAGCCACCACCUCCCCCCUCGUCGUCUCCUCCACCACUGCCACCACUACCACCUAUGCCACAGUAUCCAGUGCCCCAGUACAUGCAGACUGCUGGAUCAAUAAGUAGUGUACCAUACAGCUAUGGCAUGCCCCAACAGCAGCUGCCUUCAAUGCCUGGUUAUCCUCCAGUGUCUGGGAUUUCUCCCUUUACAACUACAAAUUCUUACCAAAGUUUUCAGGGUUCUGAUGGCAAUAUUUAUAACCAGCCACCGUCCAUGCCAAUGGCACCAAUUUCUCGACAAUAGAAUUCUCAGUUAAAGUGCUGCAUGGAAUGGAGAAGGUUUGCUGUGGACAUAAAGACAUCUAUUGACAAAUUUGAUGAAGCUUCUGUCUCCCUGCAUCUGAAUUCUUGCUUAUGUGCUUUUGAAUUAUACACCUAAUUAGAUCUGCACAUAGUGAAUGCUUGUAAACUAUAUUUUCCUUUGCUAAUUAUGGAGUUAAAAUAGCUUCAGUGUAUUACUUAAUUUAGGGAAGAAAUUUAAUUUUGUUGAUUAGGGACAUAAUGUAUGCUAGUUGAGGAAGACAUUUAGUUUAUUAUUGAAUGAAAAUCUUAGCUGUUUGAUGUUGUGGA